AUGUCCGCCGAAGAGCGGGAUUAUUGGGCAAAUCCAUACUUACGAAUGCUUUCAACUCCUUUACGGCACUGUCUGGUCUCAAAGCGAUAUUUGCCAAAGGCGUUUCUCCUGAGAAUGGUUCCCGUGCGAUUACCUACACCAUUGUUGGGAAAACCGACCCAGAUACUGGUUGGCGAUGAGCUCGAACAUCCUAGUGUCAAAACCCGUAAGCCAGGGACAGGGCACUACGUAACAUGUUGGAGGACGGCUGUGGAACAACUCAAUCAACGAGGUUAUUACAAACGAUUCAGUAGUAAUGUGGUGAUGCAUAGUUGGUUGACCCGCCAAAUUGGACAUUUGCUUCGUGUGCGGGUACUACAAGAACUGCAUGUACUCGAGCGAGUUAUACGGCGAAAUCCUUCGGGUUCUAAUAGCGCAACCUUACUUAGAAGACUAACGCGUGCAGAGUGGAAGCAGCUCAAAUCAUCUGGCGUCGUGCCAUGCGACAAUGCGGUCGCAGUCCUUGUCGUACCCCCACUGAACAAGGACCCAAAAACAAAAAUCAGACCAGGCCCAUCGGUUGCCACAACACCUCCCCCUUUGAAGGAAGAUGGUGAAGAGAUGGAAUCGAUUCAUCCUGCUCUUCCCCUGUCGGUCAUGCUGCAGACUAGCGCCAAAGAAAACCAUGAGUCUAGCAUCGAUAUCCCGUAUCUUCUUCCAUCCCCCAAAGUUCCAUUGUACAACGCUAUCUCCCUCUUUCCAUGGCGCUCGCAACGUGCAGCAUUGCAUGUCGCAUUACAACGCAUCCUCAAAGUUGAGCGAGGUGCUCGCUUCGGAGAACGCAGUCGCAAAUUAGCUCGAAAGUCUUACAGUUCUGCCCCAGACUCUACGAGUAAGAUGAACGACAUCUCUUCGAACAAAAGGGCAUGGACUCGUGGAGAUAAUAAAGGAAGCCAUGCCUUCCUACUGUGCUCAGAUGCCAAGUCGCUUAUGCGCGCGGAUACUGUGCCAUUAGCGAUUGCGCUCUGGAGGGUACGGAUCUGGGAGGGCGCGGGAUGGGAAGAUUCUGGUACCACCACUGGUGGCUGGACAUUGUCAUCGUAG